GAACGUUUUAUUUAUUUCCCAUGAUAAAUAUAUGGAUUAAAAUUUAUUCAAUUAUUAUUUAUCAUUCGCUAUUUGAUUAUUCGGGAUUACUAUCGAUCGUAUUGAAUUCAGAAAUCUGCUAAGUGUUUGCGUCGAAUUAUUUUUUCUACCUUCUGUCAAUAUGUGCGAUCAUGAGAUGUCAUAUCCUGAUUUCUAAACAAAACAUUUGCCUUUUUCCUUCUCUUUGUUUAUUCCUAUUAAAGCUAAAGGGUGUUGUGUGUAGCAUUUUCCGCGUUUUAACAUGUCUUUUUAUUGCUAGAAGACAAUUUCUAGAUUUCCUCAUAAAUUAUAUUCUGUUUAGCAAUAAUUUUCUGUACUCAUUCGUAUUUAGGUUCGUGAUACACUAUGGCGUGGCUUCAAUCUUCGUUUACUAAUCAUCAAGCUGUUGAAGAAAGUGUAGGCAGUAGUCAUCGUAAAGGUUAUAAAGUUGGAUCAUCUAACAAAAAUGCUGAGUCUGAUAAAAGUGAUACUCCACUACUACAAGAUUCACCAUGCUUAAGUCCAGAAAAGGAAAAAGAUGAUUCUGAUUGGUUUGGAAAUAUUGGCUCUACAACUUCUAAGAAGCAAUAUGUUCCUGCAAAAUCCAGUUUCUUAUCAUCGAGCUUUUUUGAAAAAAGCAGUAUUAACUCGGUACUUAAACCCUUGACUGGAUCCCGUGAGACCUCCCCAAAUCCUUCUGGCCUGUCGAGUAAAAGUAAAUUAAAAAAAGACUGCAAGUUAAUGAAAGCUGAAAAGAGUAAAAGAGAACCUGAGUCUGAGGAAUAUGAAGAGGAUGAAGAUGAUUGGUGUGUUUUUCACUAUGCUGGUGGAUAUCAAAGAGUGAAAUCUGGUGCUGAUUAAAGUUUAUUCAUUAGAUCUAAAAAUAUUUUUGUGAGCUAACUAUUUUUCAUUCUUUUAAUUUAUUUUACCAUUUAAUUUAAUACUUUGUAUGAUGGUUGAACUGUUUUACAAUUUUUUUGAAGCUAAUGCAUUUCUAUUCAUUUCAUAUAUAUUGAUCUCAACUCUCUCUAUUUUUAAAGGUGUAUUUAUUUACAUAUAGAAUCUCGUUUCUUGGAUUAUUAAUUUUUGUAUAUGCCAUCUUGUUUUAGCAGCUAAUAAAUGAUCAAAUAAUACCUUGUAGUUCUAAAUAAUAGCAGUAGAUCUUAUCUGUUUAGUCUGGAAUAUCAAGUAGUGUUUUAUGUAACUUAUAUAAUUUGUAUGAGAUUAUUAAAUUUCCUUGCCAUUUUUGUCGACUAUCAUUCCAUUAUGCCUUCUCAUAUUCCUUAGUAAAAUUUUAUGUAAUUUAUGUUUUAGUAAUGUAUUUUUUUUUUAUUAAUGUUUGCAGUGUUUUAAUAUUAUACUGAAUUCUUCUUUCACAGUGAAUAUUAAAGAUGAAUUUUUAAUUGUGAGAAAUUAAAAACUGCCUUACUAUGCUAUAUAUAACCAUAAAAUAAGAAGUUCUCUCAUCCUUUCAUAACCAGUUUUAUUUUAUGGUUUGUUUGUUUUUUUCCCCCACCAUCUCUAUUAUGUUAACGAAAUAUUUUUAAAAAUAAGAAUUCACUUUUAAAUAUUUUUAAAUGGGAAAAUAGUCUUCAUACCUCUUUGAUAUGGCAUGAAUUUUAUUAAUAUACUCAUAUCUGGGGAAAGGCUUUUCCCCCCAUCUAUUAAAUAUCUUUGUUAAAAGAAAAAUCUGUGUGUUAAGAUUCUUGAAAGAUUCUAAUUAAAUUGUAAUGCAUAUAUACAGGGUGUUUAUAAAGUCCCGGACCCAUUUUGAUGUUUAAUAACUCAUAAAAUAGUAAAGAUAGAUUUAAAUUAAUAACAUAAAUGGUUAAAUAGACUCAAAAAGUUUCAUGACCCUUGUCAAUGAACUUCCACGUGUGCCCCCUUCGUCGCACGGAGAAUAUCAAGUCGAUAGUCAAUUUCACGCCAGGUAGCGGCAAACAUGUCGGCAUCCACAGAGCCAUUUGCGCACAUUAUGGCGAUUAACAAUGCCAGAAACAUGAAAGGAUGCUUCAUCGGAGAACAUUAUGCUCUUCAGAAAAUCAACAGCAUCUUCUAUCUUCCUUAGCAUAUCUGUUGCAAAGGCCACCCUCCUAGGCCUAUCGUUCGGUUCCAAAACUUGAACAAUUUGAACUUUGUAUGCAUGCAGUCUUAAUUUUUUCUUAAUAACCUUGUACACCGUCGAAAUUGGCAUAUCCUGUUGCCGCUGAUCUCGCAGAUAUUCUAGGAUUGUGUAAAAAUGUCUCUCUGACACGCUCAACAUCAAAAUCACUUGUGCAAGGACGUCUGGAACGUUUCUUAUCUUCGAUACUUCCAAUUUCUAGAAAAUUCUUUUUCCAACGCAAGAUGCUGUUUUUGGAUGGAGGAUCUUUUUGGUAAAUUCUUCUGAAAUUUCUCUGUGCUUGCACUAUCGAUUUAAUUUCUAUGAACCCCCAUAAAAUCUGUGCUUUCUCUUGUGGUGUAUGCAUUUUCCUUAAUAUCCGCUCGAAUAAAACAUCACAUACAAAAGUACUACAUAGAACAAACACAUCAAAAGUAAACAUAACAUUGCAAUAGUUGCCAAAAACAAAAGAGAGAAAAAUGCAAUUAAUAAGCAGACAAUAUUUAGAAAAGUACAGAUAUUUAGACUGGAAAAUGAAAUUAUCUGAAAUUAACCACACGCGCAGACGAUAUUUACAAAAGUAAAAAUAUUCAAACCUGAAAAGGAAAAUAUAUGAGUUAUUCCAUCAAUAAAUGCCAUAAGUGUGUUUAUAUCUUUAUUAUUUUAUGAGUUAUUAAACAUCAAAAUGGGUCCGGGACUUUAUAAACACCCUGUAUUUUCUUAUUAUGUUUUUAAAUUCCUUUUAUUAUAAUGAAAUUUAUUUUUUGAAGUAUUAAAAAACAUCUAAUAUUUAUAGUUGCAAAUUUCACUUGAUAUUACUUUAAUAUAAGUGUUAUAUAGUUAUUUUAUAUUUUAAUUAUAUCAUAUACUGUAUUUUUAAAAUACUUUUUU